UGCGCUGUGAAAGUGUGUCAGUGGGUUACAUUGUUACAUUGACACCAAUGCAAAGCGCCAUGAAGGAGGAGCCGGUGAACUGGGUCACAUGGGCCGCAAUGAGCACUUUUACACUAACACAACAGUCAGCACAGCGCUACAGAGUCGCCCUGUUUGUGUAGCCGGUUCUUUAUCUCUGUACAUGCAGGUUACACUGUGGGGUUUUAAUCGGAUUGUUCCUUUAACUCAAAGAUUCGUGCAGCGUUCACGAAGGAGUCAAGUGUAUGUUAAUGCGUUUAAAAACUGGUGACAUUCUCAUUUUAUAUUCAGAGCGAGCAGAAAGUUUUGAUCCGACAGAGAAAUAAACAUCCCCGUGUUGUCGGAGGACAUGGAAUCAACAAAAGCUGGAGGCGUUAUAGCCUACAUCAGCUCAUCCAGUUCAGCCUCCAGCCCCGAGUCGUGCCACAGCGACAGCUCCAACGGCAGCUACCAAUUUUUAUCCUCUUCACCUAGUUCGUCUUUUUCUAACCGCCACAACGGACAGCAGGUGGACGCGUCCAGCUUCUCCCAGCCUCAGAGUCACAGCACGACCAAAACGCGCUCUCCAUCUAACACCAAAUCUGGUAUCACCAAGAUCAGUGGUCUGGUUUUGCUGUGUAAAGUGUGCGGAGACGUGGCUUCAGGGUUUCAUUAUGGUGUUCACGCUUGCGAAGGCUGCAAGGGUUUCUUCCGGAGGAGUAUCCAACAGAACAUCCAGUAUAAAAAGUGCCUUAAGAAUGAGAACUGCCCCAUCAUGCGCAUCAACAGGAACCGAUGCCAGCAGUGCCGCUUUAAGAAGUGUCUGCUGGUCGGCAUGUCUAGAGACGCUGUGCGUUUCGGACGUAUCCCGAAGCGAGAGAAACAGCGCAUGCUGUUAGAGAUGCAGAGCGCUAUGAAUAACAUGAUGAACAACAGCCAGCUGCAUGGCAGCAGUCCUCCAGUUUCCAGCAGCCAGACUCAACCAUGUCCGGCAAAGCCAACAGCUCAUGCUACUCCUUCCUUCUCCCCUGCCUCUUCCCCUCAAAGCAGCCAAUCUGAUCUGAGCAAUGACCCUGAGCCUUCACUCCCAAUGGACACAAGCUCAAGCUCUGACUCAUCCAGUGCCACAGACAGUGGAGAAGAAGAGGUCGUCGGCACGGGGACGAGGCCCGUCCACGAAGCCGAACGCAUCAUGGACGACACGCAAGAAGAAUGGAACCACCAUAAUAACAUAGUAUCACGCCAGCACCCAUGUUUACGCCACACUCCUCAGGAUACUCACAAAGCACCACAGGAAGAUAAUUCUCUCAGCCACUGCCCUGUUAGAGUGAGCAACAGUGCCUCCAAUGGUCAGUGCCAUGUCCAGAUGCUCAUUAAUACUGACCCGAGUCACCCAUGUCCUGCCUCUGUUAUUGGCCAGUCGCUUCGGGAGCACAACUCCAAUGCAACCCGAGCUAACAUGAGCUACAGUGGUCCAGUUUGGAGUGGAGGAAACAGAAUGCAUCUGGUGUGUCCCAUGAACACUUCUCCCUAUGUGGACCCACAUAAAUCAGGACACGCUAUCUGGGAGGAGUUCUCCAUGAGCUUCACUCCAGCUGUAAGGGAGGUGGUGGAGUUCGCCAAACGUAUCCCCGGGUUCAGGGAGCUGUCUCAGCACGACCAGAUCAGUCUCCUCAAAGCGGGUACUUUUGAGGUGCUUGUGGUACGUUUUGCAUCAUUGUUUGACGUAAAGGAGCGCACCGUGACCUUCCUGAGUGGGAAGAAGUACAGUGUGGAGACGCUGUGCUCUAUGGGUGCCGGUGACCUGCUUAACUCCAUGCUGGAUUUCAGCGAGAAGCUGCGAGCGCUGGAUCUCAGCGAGGAGGAGAUGAGCCUCUUCACUGCUGUUGUACUUGUCUCUGCCGACCGCUCAGGCCUGGAGAACGCCAAGUCAGUAGAGGCGCUACAGGAGUCGUUGAUCCGCGCCUUGAGAAGCCUUAUCACGCAGAGCCACCCGAACGAGAGUGCCAUCUUUACCAAGCUGCUUCUCAAACUGCCUGAGCUGCGCUCGCUCAACAACAUGCACUCAGAGCAGCUCCUGGCCUUCAAAGUCCAGCCAUGAAAAGCAGAUCUUCCAGUAGCUUGUGCAGCCAUUUCAGGAGCAGAACUUCCAGAUUCUGGACUUUUAUCAAAUCAGAUCUUUCCACCUGACAUCCUGAAGGCUUGAUAUAGAGAGUGGAAAUAGAAAGAAAAUGAGUUGUGUACCGUUAAAGGUGUACAGUGUGACUUCUGUCGUAAAUCAGAACUAAAAGAAAAACAGAUUAGAGAGAGGCUGUGAUUCCUUGGAGAAACUGUACGCAGUCCUCUUUCAGAGGCACCUUCUUGAAUUUCGUUUUAGACUUUAAACUGCUUAACCGUCUGUGCAAUAUGUGACCCAUGUUUACUGUUCAUGUUUUUGGUCUUUUUAUGGUUGGAGAGAUGCUGCUGUCUACAUACUGCAGUGCUGUGGAUUUUGGUACCAUAUGAUAACCUUUCUUUCACUUAAGUAGAUGGUGCCUAACACAAACCUAUAUACGUUUUUGGAGUAUGUCAAUGGCAGGAUAUUUCCAUACAUCCUCUGUUAUGCUAAACACAGGUAAAAGCUAAUACCAGACAUAAGAUGAGUGUGGAAAAAGCUGCUAAAUGAAUGCUUUUUAUUAUAAUGGCUGGUAAAAUGGUGGUGUAUCACUGUUUGACCGAUAUAUAUAUAUAUAUAAAGUGUGUGUGUGUGUAUUUUUCCUAGCUGAGUACUUCUUGCUGAGUAAAAUGACGCUUAUUUUAAGUUUAGCAUAAUGUUACAGCUGUGUAUAUGUUUUGUGAACGAUAAGACUUUAUUUGGUUUAACUGAAUUAUAAACGCUCUGGCAGUGUUUCUACUUUAAAAGGAUUUAGAAGCUAACUUGAUCAGUUAUUAGCCUGCAUGCACUGUUCAGUGAGUAACAAUGGGACCCAAUCGAAACAUUCUGAAAACCCUUUUAAGUCAAACCCUCCCUGAUGGUUGGCACUAUCAGGUUGUGUGUGUGUAUAUGUAUGUAUGUAUGUAUACAUACAUAAUGUAUAUGAAAGCAGGAUUUACCAAUGCUAAAAAUGUAUGUCUUCUUUGCUGAUGUUCCCUUAGUUUUUUUGAGUAGCGAUUAUAAUUCUGGACCGACGGGUGACAGAGAAAAAAAUAAAUUCCAGUGGCUGAAUUAUUUUAGUGGGGUAUUUUGCUGGUCUGUAUGAUGUCCACUGGGAGGAAAGGUUUUUUCUUUACUGACUGAUCACAUUAAUGAUUUGAGGAAACCUUUCUAUCCUGAGGGCUGUGACUUUGCCCCCAUCAGGAUAAUGCACUGAAUGGUUUGAUGAAAAUGAUGGAAAUUAAAUGCCAGUGGUCUAUACUACAGCUUAAACAAACUCAUGGGAGAUUUCUGACCAGAAAAAACAUCAAUUAGAGGAAAAACUUUAUGUUCAUCCUUCCAGUAUGGUUCUAGAAACCAAUCUGUUUCACGCUUCUCUGGCAGCUUGUAGCAUCCCAGAACCAGUGGCACUUUAUGUUGUUGUUUUUUUCUUCAAUUUGUCACCUGGCUGUAUUUCAGUUUUGUAAUCUUGUAUUUCUUUUUUUUUCUGGUCAAGUAUGUUCUGUACAAAUCCUUUAGAAUAGAGUUAUAUUUGGCAUUAGAGUUUUCAGUGCGACACGUAAGCAUAUCACAAGACAGACCAAGAUCAAUCACACCAGACAAACAAGGUACCUUGAGCAGACGUUCUAAUUUCUGUCUUGUGCUUUCACUUGAAGAGGGACAAGACCGUGUCAGCUGGAAAUCUAUUUAAAUCUGGUUUAUUUUUGGUUUGACUGAAAUAUCACACUUACCUCAUAAUGAUUGUAGUGUUGUUGACACUUGAUUGUAUUUGCAGUGGCACUGAAGAUUUUCAGUCAUCGUAGUUUUGGACAUUAAUAUUUCCUUGUAGUUUGUGUACUUCGGUACUGACUACAUUUUAAGUUUCCUCUCAGUAUCCAUCUUGAGCAUCUGUCAGCACUGGAUUGCCAAAAAUCUGGUCUUGUACUGGUUUUAUGUGUGAAAAUGUUGCAAAAUACAUAGAUUUAUUUGUGUAAGAUAUAUACACACAUAUAUACAUACAAAUAAUAUAUAUUACUAAAAAAUAAAUACUAUAAAUAAACCUCC